UUGGUUAAAUCACCGCAGCGAGAGUUAACCAGCAUUACAUUCUCGGCACCCAAACAUAGCAACACUCCUCAUCGACGGUGCAUUUACAGUUGUUGUUAUGCUACCUUGCUCUAAUUUCUUUCCCUGCAGCAUCGCGCAUCCGUCGUUUUCUUAGGUUUCUUAAUUUUCUUAUUAACGGACUAUAAUCGCGGGAUGGUGAAGGAUUAAACUGCGUAUCCUGCGUUAACGCGCUAAGGGAAGAAUGUUGGCCAACGGCCGGUUAUCCCGGCAGGUGAGCAGUCCGAACCAGAUGGGCGACAAGUCGUCCUUCAUCGCCUCCAACCGGGCGCGUUCCCGUGAGGGCCAUGCGGCCGCCCCCAUGGGCAUCAAGGACGAUGAUCAGCGCUGGAUCCAGAUCCAGCAGAAGACCUUCACUAACUGGGUCAACGAGCAGUUGAAAGCCGUGGGCAAACGCGUGGACGAUCUUCAAGGAGAUUUUCAGGAUGGACUGAAUCUGAUCGCGCUGAUUGAAGUGUUGCAGGGCCGACGGAUCGGCAAGGCCUUCCAGAACCCGGUCAAUCAGCACCAGAUGCUGGAGAAUGUACAGUUGGCCUUGAAUGCCAUGAUGGAGGAUAAUAUUAAACUGGUCAAUAUUGGAAAUCAGGAUAUUGUGGAAGGGAACCUGAAGCUGAUAUUGGGAUUAGUAUGGACGCUGAUUCUGCGCUAUCAGAUCGGCAAGACGAACCUACCGCCCAGGAAGCUGAUGCUGGCCUGGCUGCAAGCGGUGCUGCACGACAUGAAGAUCAAGAAUUUCACACGUGACUGGAACGAUGGUAUCGCCCUCAGUGGCUUGCUUGAAUACUGCCGGCCGGGUUUGUUUCCGAACUGGAAAAGUCUGGAUCCGCAUAACAAAGUGGAAAACCUGCGGCGGGCCAUGGAAGUGGCCAACCGGGAAUUCGGCAUUCCCAUGCUCAUCUCGCCCGAGGAUCUGGCCAGUCCCGAUCUGGAUGAACUGUCGGGCAUGACCUACCUGUCCUACUUUAUGAACAGUCCCGAGAGUCCCGGCUACAAGGCCACCCUACGCUGGGUGCGCAGUCAGAUCCCCGAGGAGAAUGUCGAGAACUUUACGAUGGACUGGAAUGAUGGGCGUGUAGUGGGAGCGCUGGUGAAAUCACUGGGUGGAACAGUUUCCGGAUACACAACACAGACGUAUGACCGCUACAACUGGGAGGAUAACUUACAACGUGGUUUCAAAGGAGGUCGCGAACUGGGCGUAGAACCCAUUCUCACUCCGAAACAAAUGGCGGAGGCCGUGGAUGAACACUUGGGCAUCAUGGCGUACGCUGCCUGGUUCCAGUGGGUCAAUCCGCUGCCGAAACGCAAAGGCGGAGACAAGAUCCGUGUCUCCGGCGAGGGUCUUCACACCGCCUACAUUGGGAAACCGGCCCACUUUCAAGUCCAGUACCUUGAUGAUCUGGAUCCCGCCACCAUCCGCGCGGAACUGCGCGGACCCAGUGGCACGAUCCCGGUGAAGUUCAACCUGGGAGAGAACGGCGGCAGUGCUACUUACAUGGCAACAGAGACCGGUCCGCACGAGUUGCUGAUCUGGUGCGAAGGGGAGCUGAUUAAGGAGUGCCCGCGGAAAGUGCGCGUGCAUCCCGAUAUCUCCAAGGUCCGAUUUGCCGGGAUUAAUAAGCCGGUACCACUGGGCUCCACGACGGACAUGACGGUGAACUCCAACGGGGCGGGACGCGGUGAACUCGCCGUGGAGGCACGCUCACCAACCGGUCGCAGCAUGAAAUGUCCUGUCAGUGAGCAUAAUGGCAAUUAUACUGCCAAGUUCCAGCCCGAUGAAGUCGGUGAAUGGCACAUUGGCAUCACCUACGACGGCAGCCACAUCAAGGGUAGCCCCUUCACCUGCAGCGUCUUCGAUCCCAACGCCGUCAAAGUGUCGGGCCUCGAUGUGGGCGUGGUGGGGCAGGAUAUGGACUUUGCGGUGGAUACUUCGCGGGCGGGCCAAGGCGAGGCCAGCGUGGAGAUCUUCUAUCAGGGCCGCAAUGUCCCGGCACGGAUUGAUCAGCUGGGCGGCGGCAUGUACAAGGUGACGUUUACGCCGCACGGACCGGGACUCUAUACCAUACAUGUCUAUUUCAACGGGAUGGAAGUCAGAGGCUCCCCCUUCACCAUCGAGAUCUUCGACACCUCCACCGUCUCAGCAUCCGGCGAAGGCCUCAAACUCGUCCCGGUCCAGCGGCCGGCCUUCUUCGCGAUUAAUACCAAAGGCGCCACCAGUAAGGAUCUCCAGGUUAAUGUCAGCGGGCCCUCGGGGCGAUCACUUCCGGUGCAGAUUCUGGAGGUGCGGCCCGGGGCGUACAAAGCGGAGUACACGCCGGUGGAGGUCGGCGAACACUCCAUCGAUAUUGCCUUCUUCGAUAAGGCCAUUCGCGGGAGCCCGUUCAAGUGCUACGCGUAUGAUGCCAGGAUGAUUCGGGUCGGGAAGAUCCCCAAUGGGUGGGUCGGUCGACCUGUGGAAUUCGAGAUUGAUGGCUCGCAAGCCGGUUCCGGCAACCUGGAGAUCCUAGUCAAUGGCGGCCGCGUGGUCAGCCACGUGAAAUCUCUGGGGAACCAGCGCUUCCUGGCCAGCUUCACACCCCUGGACGCCAUGACGCACGUGGUGGAGAUGCGCUUCAACGGGGAGACGGUGGUGGGCAGUCCCUGGAAUGUCCAGAUCUGGGAUCCCCGCAACGUCACCGCCCGCGACAUCCCCAAACACUUCCAGGUCAACCGCACCACCGGCUUCGAGAUCAACGCCAGCAAUGUCGGACCCGGCGAUCUCAAGGUGGAAGUCAAAGCGCCGUCAAUGCGGACCAUUAGCUCAUACACCAGCGAAACCCGAACCGGCGUCUACCGCUGUGAAUUCACCUCCAGUGAAAUCGGAUCGCAUUCCAUCGAGAUAUCGUAUGCCGAUACGAAGAUAACCGGUUCGCCCUUCAUCAGUAAAGGCUUCGACGCCACCAAGAUCAAGAUUUCCAAAAUUACCAAUGCCUUUGUCGGCAUACCGGUACAAUUUCAAGUGGAUGCAUCGCAAGCCGGGGAAGGCCAACUGGAGAUCUCCAUCAACAACGGCCGCGUCCCCAAUAAAGUGGACGUGCUGGGCGGCGGGAAGUGUCUGGUGACCUUUACCCCGCAGAACACCCAGCCGCACUACAUCGACGUCAAAUUCAACAGCGAACCGGUGCCGGGCUGUCCGGUGCAGUGCAAUGUCUUCGACACCAGCCGCAUCUCCGCGUCCGGCAAAGGUCUGGAGAGAGUGCGCGUGGGCACGCCGGAGACGUUCACCGUCAAUACGGCUGGAGCGGGCGAGGCGGAACUCAUCGUUACUAUCAACUCUCCCAGCAAUCGGCAAGUGCGCAGCCGUAUCUCGACGGUGUCGCACGUGGGCUACGAGGUGGAAUGGACGGCGCAGGAAGUGGGCACCCACAUGGUCAGCAUGGAGUACGCCGGGCAGAUGGUCGGACAGGGUCCGCAGCCGGUCAAGGCCUACGACCCCACCAAAGUCAAAGUCUCCGAUCUCAAGCCGGGUUUCGUCGGCAAGCCGGUCACCUUCACCAUUGACGCCAGCGAAGCCGGUGAGGGCAGCGUGGAGAUCGUCGUCACCGACAUCCACCACCGGCACGUGGCCACCCGCGUGGAGCAGCUGAGCACGGCGCGCUACCAAAUCAGUUUUGUCGCACAAGAAGCGGGUCACCACAGCAUCGAGGUGACGUUCAACCAGGACCCGGUGCCGGGGACGCCCUUCGGCGUGGACGUGAUGGACGCCUCCAAAGUGCAGGUGGUCGGCGAGGGCCUGCGGAUCGCGCAGGUCCGGCAGGUGGCCACGUUCAAUGUGAUUACCAAGGGCGCCGGUAGUGAGGCCGUCGAGGUCACUAUUGAGGGGCCGGACGGGCGGCGCAUCCCGGCGCGGGUGCUGGAUAAUCAGGAUCAGACGUACAAAGUGGAAUAUGUUGCUCAAAUGGCCGGUGAACACCGGAUUACGGUGACCUACGGCGGAAUGAAAGCCGGACAGUCGCCUUAUGUCGCGAAAGCUUUCGAUGUCAGUGCAAUUCGAGUCGGAGAUAUUCCCGAUGGAAUCGUGGGCAAACCUGUGACUUUUACGGUGGACGCCAGCCAAGCCGGCACGGGCAACCUGGAAGUGGCCGUCAACAACGGCCGCGUGCAGACCACAGCGGAAUCCCUCGGGAACAACCGCUACGCCAUCACCUUUACGCCGCGAAGCACGGAGACCCACAUGAUCGAGCUGAAAUUCAACGGCAUCACCGUGCCCGGCAGCCCCUUCCGCUGCAACAUCAUCGACGCCAGCCGGGUGGUGGCCAUGGGCGACGGCCUGGAGCGCGUGCCCAUCAACAAACCGGCCUGGUUCACCGUGGAUCCCCGUGGUUCCGGACCGGCCGAGUGCGAGGUGACGGUGACGGCGCCCAGCGGGAAGAAGGUGCCGGUGCGCAUCAGCGGCUCACAUGCCUCCACUUUCCGGGCGGAGUACACGCCCACGGAAGUCGGAGACCACUUGAUUGAAGUGACGUACGCCGCGCAGCCCAUCCAAGGCAGUCCGUUCGUCUGCCGUGUCUACGAUCCCGACCGGGUCACCGUCACGCAGACUAAGACGGGCAUCGUGGGAAAACCCGUCAGUUUUCAUGUGGAUGCCAGUCAAGCCGGUGCCGGCAAUUUAGAGAUCGUCGUCCAUUGCAACGGCAAGAACGUACCGAAUUUCGUCCAGGCCGAGGGCAACGCCAAAUUCAAAGUCAGCUUCACCCCGCAGGAAGCCGCCCACCAGAUCCGUGUCCGCUUUAACAACCACGUGGUGCCAGGCACGCCGUACGACUGUGAAAUCAUCGACGGCAGCCGGUGUACGGCGUCGGGUGAUGGGCUGCGAUUGGCGCCCGUCAAUAAGCCGGCUUACUUUAUUGUUGAUCCGCGUGGAGCGGGAGCGGCCGAAUUGAAAAUCACCAUUACAGCCCCAUCGGGCAAGACGGUGCCGGUCAGCGUAACGGGAUCAGCACAAAGUAAGUUCCGCGCUGAAUAUGUGCCGACGGAGGUGGGACCCCACACCAUCACGGUGCUGUACGCCGAGACGCCCAUUUCCGGCAGUCCCUUCACGUGCAAUGUCUACGACGCGUCGCGGAUUAAGGUCAGCCCUAUCGGGCACGGGAUUGUGGGCCGACCAGUCAAAUUUCAAGUUGAUGCCAGCACCGCCGGCGAAGGCAAGCUGGACGUGAACGUCACCUGCAACGGCCAGGAAGUCCGUGCCGACAUUGCCCCCGUCGGACGCGGCCGCUACGAAGUCACAUUCGUCCCACGCGAGGUCUCCACGCACUUCAUCGAUGUCCAGUUCAACGACACUCAAGUUGACGGCGCCCCUUUCCGAUGCGAAAUCAUCGACGGCAGCCGGUCCACCGCGGAAGGCGACGGUCUGCGCCGAGCCUGUGUCGGCGAAGUGGCCUGGUUCGAGAUCGAUCCCCGCGGUCCGCCUAUCGCCGACGCCGACGCCAAGAUCACCAGCCCUUCGGGGGCGCGCGUCCCCACCACGAUGCGCAAGACCAGCCGCGGCACCUUCCGCUUCGAGUACACCCCGCAGGAGGUCGGACCCCAUAAGAUCGCCUGCAAGUACGCCGAGACGCCGCUGAACGGCAGCCCCUUUGUCUGCGAGGUCUUCGACCCGCGCAACAUCCGGGUGGAGGAGCUAAAAGACGGGUUUGUCGGCAAGGAGUACACCUUCGCCGUGGACGCCUCCACCGUCGGCCAGGGCGAAUUGGAAGUGGACGUCGAACCGGCCGGCGGACGGCCCAUCAAACCCACCAUCCAGCCGGUCGGGGCCGGGUUCUACGAAGUGACCUUUACCCCCCGUGACGCUGGACCCCACGGGAUUAACGUCAAGUUCUCCAACCACGUGGUGCCCGGGUCCCCGUUCAAAAUGAACGUCCACGACCCGUCGCAGUUCCGUGUGACCGGGGAUGGCUUGAAGCGCGCCUGUGUCGGGGAGACCGCGUGGUUCGAGAUCGAGACCCGUGGGCCGGUGACCGGCGAGAUGGACAUCAAGAUCACCAGUCCCUCCGGGGCGCGGGUUAACACCACCAUCACCAAGUCCCGCAGCGGUUUCCGGGUGGAGUACACACCCACCGAGGUCGGGGCUCACCGGAUUUCGACAAAAUACGCGGAAGUGAAGUUACAAGGCAGUCCUUUCAUGUGCGACGUGUACGAUCCCUCCAAGGUCAAAGUACGGGACAUCACCGACGGAUACGUUGGAAAAGAGUCCGUCUUCCGGGUGGACGCGUCCCAAGCCGGCGCCGGAGACGUCGACGUCACCAUCGAGAUGAACAGCCGCUCCAUCAAACCCGCCGUGCGACCCUCCGGCAACGGCGUCUACGAUGUGACCUUUACACCGCGGGAUGUCGGCCAGCACGGCAUCACCGUCAAAUUCGCCAAUCGUAUCGUUCCCGGAUCCCCGUUCAAGAUGAACGUCCUGGACCCGAGUCAGAUGAAAGCCACCGGCGACGGACUGAAACGAGCAUGGGUUGGGGAGACUGCGUGGUUCGAGAUCGACCCACGGGGCGGGAACGCCGACGUCGGAGUGAAGAUCACCUCCCCCAGUGGGCAGCGCGCCCCCUGUCAAAUUACAAAGAGCAGCCGCGGGAUUUUCCGGGUGGAAUACGUCCCGUCCGAAGCCGGACCCCACAAUAUCUCUUGCAAAUACGCCGACACCGCGCUGACCGGCAGUCCCUUCACCUGCCAGGUCUUCGACGUCCGGAAAAUCAAAUUGACCGGUGUUGAAGAUGGAAUCGUCGGGAAAGAGUCCAAAUUCAUGAUCGACGCCACCCAGGCCGGACCCGGCGGGGAGGUCGAAGUGGAGAUCGAGGGCAACGGGCGGUUAGUCAAAUCUCACGUCCACGACGUCGGAAGUGGAUUGUUUGAAGUGACUUACACACCGCGUGACGCCGGCGCCCAUAAGAUUACCGUCAAGUACGCCCAGCGCCCGGUGCCCGAGUGCCCGCUGACCGUCAACGUGUACGAUCCCAGUCUGGUCAAGGUCACCGGCGACGGGCUGAAGCGGGCGUGUGUCGGGGAGACCGCGUGGUUCGAGAUUGAUCCGCGUGGGGGCACCGCCGAUGCCAGCGUCAAGAUCACCUCGCCCGCAGGUACCCGGGUCCCCACCCAGAUGACCAAGAACAACCGCGGGAUCAUCCGCGUGGAAUAUGUCCCCACGGAGAUCGGGCCGCACCGGAUUUCCUGUAAAUACGCCGGGGUGCCGGUGACCGGGAGCCCUUUUACCUGUGAAGUGUACGAUUAUAAGGCGGUGAAGGUGCGGGAUCUGCAUGAUGGGUAUGUGGGCAAGGAGAACGUGUUCCGGGUGGAGGCGCAUGGAGCGGGACAGGGCGAGUUGGAGGUGGACGUGGAGAGCGGCGGGCGGAGUGUGCCGUGCUCCAUGCGACCGGCGGGUGGGCAUGGGAAUUUUGAAGUGUCCUUUACGCCGCGGGAGAGCGGACACCACCAUAUUGUCGUCAAAUUUGCCACUCGCACUGUUCCUGGUAGCCCAUUCAGGAUCAACGUGCACGAUGCCAGUCUGAUCCGUGUCAGCGGCGACGGACUGCGCCGUGCCCGCGUCGGCCAGAAAGCCUGGUUCAACGUGGAGAUGCGCGAAGGCACGCUGGACGUCCGUGACCUUUCCAUUCAAGUGACAGCCCCCAACGGUUCCCCAGUUCCGGUGAAACUAGCCCAGACCAGCAAGGGCGAAGUCCACGCGGAAUACGUGCCCAAAGUCGUCGGACCGCACCGCAUCGAGGUGACCUUUGUCGGGCAGGAGGUGGCCGGCAGCCCCUUCCAGUGCGAAGUGUACGAUCCCAGCCGGGUCAACGUCAAAGACUUCCCGGAUGUCUGCUACACCGGGGAACCCAGCAAUUUUGAAGUGACCACCCGCGAUGCCGGUAAAGCCGAGUUAUCCGUGAAGAUUUACGGGCCAUCUGGUCGGGAAAUUCCAGUGGAAUUAGUGGAUAGUUAUGACGGGCAGAAGGUGCGAUUCACGCCGAUGGAAUCCGGCAAGCACCGGCUGCAUAUUAUGUACGGCGGGGAAGAUGUGCCCGGGAGUCCCUUUACGUUCAUGGUGGAUGAGCCGGGAUUCCCCACGGCAUCCGGGGACGGGCUGGUCUGGGCGUUGGCCGAUGAGCCGGCGACCUUUCGCGUCGAUGCCAAGAAUCUCCGCGGGAAGCUGGAGGUGAUGGUUAAUGGACCAAACAGUACCGCGAAAACGACGAUUUCCCCCGAAAAACACGGAAUGUACAAAGUGACUUACAUUGCCAUGGAAGUUGGCAUCUUCGAUAUAAAAAUAACCUGGAACGGAAAAGAAAUCCCCGGAAGUCCCUUCCAUCCCAAAGUCUUUGACCCGACCAAAGUACGGGUAGUGGGCGGAUGGCCGGCGCAUCUGGACGAGAAAGACCGGAUACGGAUGCGCGUCGGGGAGGAGAAGAAGAUCACGUUCGAUACAUCGGAAGCCGGUCCCGGGAAACUGUCGGCGGAAGUCCGCGGUCCCAGUGGAUUGAUCCCGGUUAAGGUGGAGAACGUCGGCAAGGACCGGGUCAAAGUCAGCUUCACCGCGAUCGCCGAAGGUCAUCACGAUAUCCACGUGUGGUGGUCGGAGCAGCCCAUCCCGCACUCCCCGUUUCCCGGUUGGGCCGAACCGGCGCUCAUCCCCAUCGACGCCGGUCGCGUGCGGUUGCGCGGUCGCGGUCUGACGGAGGCCAAAGUGCGCGAGGAAGCCGAGUUCAUCAUCGACGGCUCGGAGGCCGGACCCGGCGAACCGGAAGUCCACAUCAGCGGCAUCAAAGCCGACAUCCCGGUGACGCUGCAGCAUCUGGGCAGUAACGUCUACAAAGCGACAUACACGGCGCAGCACAGCGGAUCGUACGUUCUUAACGUCAAAUGGAGCGGGGACACCGUGAAAGGCUGCCCGUACAAACUGACGGUGGCGUCCGCCGGGGAUGCCAGUAAGGUGGUGGUCAGUGGGGAUAUCAAGAGCGGCAUGAUCGGCAAGGAUAUCAAGAGCAUGAUCGAUACACGCCGCGCCGGACCAGGCGAACUGUCCGUACACUGUAUGGGUCCGCAUAAAGAGGCGUUCUGUGAGCUGUAUGACCACCGGGACGGAACGUACACACUGCGAAUCAAACCAGCCGAAGCCGGUCAACAUUUGCUCACCAUCAAGUACAAUGGAGAACACGUGCCAGGAAGUCCAUUUGCCAUUAAAAUUGCCGGUACACCGGAUCCCAGCAAGGUGCGCGUGUACGGUCCGGGUGUGAAUCACGGUGUGCUAGCCAGUUAUCAGAGCCGGUUUAUGUGCGAGACCAAAGGUGCCGGUGCUGGUCAGUUAACGGUGCGCGUACGCGGACCAAAAGGCGCCUUCCGCGUGGAGAUGCAGCGCGAGAGCCAGAAGGACCGCACCAUCCUGUGCAAGUACGACCCCACCGAGCCCGGCGACUACCGCAUCGAAGUGAAAUGGUCCGGCGAGCACGUGCCCGGCUCGCCCUUCAACAUCUGGAUCUUCGACACGGAGGAGGAGCUCAACCGUUUCCUGCGCACCGGCGAAAUCCCCCGUCCCUCUAGUCCCUCGGCCGGCUACGUGCACGGCGGCGGCCCCAUGCCGGAGUACACGUACGGCAACGCCAACGGCGUCUACGUCGCCUCCCCGCCGCCGCCGGCGGCUACCUCCUAUUCGCAGUGGCGUCGUGGAUCCGCCGAUAUCUGAGACGAAUGAAAGAGAGACUGUAGAGAGAUUUUAUGUUGUUUUGUGACGCGCGCGUUGGCUUUUACAAAUGGAUCUUUUCUUCCCCCGUCGGCGGUGUGUUAUCGACUGUGGUGUGUGCCCAUUCUCCCUGUUACUAUCUUUUUGUUGAGCGCUGGCUUGAUUUGUGGUUCAAAGUCUAGAAUUAUUAUUCCGCAAAGUUCCUGCUUAACCAGUUAAUCCCCGAUUUUGCCUGCAGUUUGGAGGUGUAAUCUUGUUUUUAUCCGGUGGUGUGCACGCUGUACCCGGCUGUUCAGAGUUCAAAACCCGAAAAUAUUUCUGACUGUCAGUAAAGCUGAUAACGUAUAAACCGG